GAUAAGUUGUGUGUCGUUGAGGAGGAAAAAAAAAAUAUCUCUCACACAAAUCAGCUGAUUUACCAUAACCGGAUAUUAGUCAUGUGUUACUCAGUAAAAAAUUUACUUAAUUUUAUCCAUUUUAUAUAGUUUUUAGACCAAACAAGGUCUAAAUAUUGUCAUUUAUUAAAAAAACAAUAUUAUUAUUUCGUUCGAACAACGACAGUGUGUUGUGUUGAGUGUCGUGAAUCAUAAAUAAUAACCUCAAUUGUUUAUAUUUUUUUUAUUGUUCGAUAUUCAAAACGAUGCUGUGAUUUGAGUUGAUUAUUUAAUUGCUCAUUAAAUUGAUAAUUAACAACUUGAUUAUUAUUAAUUUUCAUGAUACAAUUAACAAAAAUACCUGUGAAUUGUUUUAAUUUAUUUGUUUGUUUGAAAAUUGUGGGGAUAAAUUAAAAGUUUUGCGAAAUGUAUCAAAGCAUAUGUUAAAAAAAAAUAAGGUUAAAGUGAAUUUUUAUUAAUUAUUUAAAUUGAAUAUUAAUAAUUAAAGUGUGGUAGUUUUUGAUUUAAUAUUAUUUAUAAAAUAACACACUGUCAUUAUGGAUGAAAAAAAUCUUAAUCUUGCCAGAGCAAUGGUCGACCUUGGAAUAAAUGAUUCAAAAAAAUCUGUUGUCACUAAAAUGCAAGAUAAACAACAGUUAUUCAGCCGAUCGGAGUUAACUGUUGAACAGACUGAGCCUCGCAGGAGAACAAGAAGUCUCAAUGCACCAAGUCCGAUUCAACAAUUUGGGCCAUGCGGUCGUAUCAUGAAAAAUUCUGCCAUGGUCAUGACCAUUCAAGAUCCAGCAUCUCAAAGAUUAACAUGGUACAAACCACCAUCAACAGUUUUAGUUAUAAAAAAAGUACGUGAUUCUUCAGUACUCCCACCAUUUGUUGAACUUGUAACAUGGCUUGUCAAGGAAAAAAGUAUGCAGGUACAUGUUGAAGCAUCAGUUAUGGAAGAUCAAUCAUUAAAAAAUACAAGAUUUGCUGAUGUACGUGAUCAAGUACAAACAUUUAAAGAUGAAACUGAAUUACAAGAUAAAAUUGAUUUUAUUAUUUGUCUUGGUGGUGAUGGUACAUUAUUAUAUGCAAGUUUAUUAUUUCAACAAUCAGUACCACCAGUUAUGGCAUUUCAUCUUGGAUCAUUAGGUUUUUUAACACCAUUUGAAUUUGAUAAUUUUCAAGAACAAGUUACAAAUGUCCUUGAAGGACAUGCAGCACUUACACUUAGAAGUAGACUGAGAUGUAUUAUUAUGAGAAAAGGUGAUGAUGGACAACCAACAAAAUCACCAACAAAUUUAUUGGUAUUAAAUGAAGUUGUUAUUGAUCGUGGACCAUCACCAUAUCUAUCAAAUAUUGAUUUAUUUAUUGAUGGUAAACAUGUUACAAGUGUACAAGGUGAUGGUUUAAUUGUAAGUACACCAACUGGUUCAACAGCUUAUGCUGUUGCUGCUGGUGCAAGUAUGAUACAUCCAUCAGUACCAGCAAUUAUGAUAACACCAAUAUGUCCACAUUCAUUGUCAUUUAGACCAAUUGUCGUACCAGCUGGUGUUGAAUUAAAAAUUUCCGUAUCACCAGACAGUAGAAAUACAUCUUGGGUAUCAUUCGAUGGUCGUAAUCGUCAAGAAUUAUUUCAUGGUGACAGGUAUGAAUAUUAUUUAUAUUUUAUAAUUUAUUAUGAAUUUUUUUUUUUACAGAUAAUGGCUAAUAGCAAGGCACGCAGCACAGCCUACGUUUCCUUCGAUGGUCGUAACCAACAAGAACUUCGGGUUGGGGACAGUUUGAGAGUAACAACGUCAAUUUAUCCAGUACCUAGCAUUUGUGCAGCAGACCAAAUAACCGAUUGGUUUGAUUCACUUGCUGAGUGUCUACAUUGGAAUGUACGAAAACGACAAAAACACCUGGAUGAAUUGAGUGAUUUAACUCACUCAUCUAGCAAUGACACUCUAGAUUCUCUUGAUCGUGACAGUUAGAGUUAAAGCUCAAUAUUAAUUAAUACAAAAAAAUAAAUUAACAAAAACAUUAAUUUUAAAA